GUAUUGAAUUUGGACGCCUUGGAUACUUGAGCAUAUUGUUAGAAAGAUCCCAAAUCCACACAAACUUGCCAAACAAAUCUAAUCGUUAUCAUCUGACUCAGCCAGAGGGUUCAGUGGUAUAUAUAUUUCCCAAACAAGCUCUUCUUUCCUUUUUCGUAUGCGUUCUUCUUAAAACCCCUAGUCAAAGUUCAUACCUUUGGUUAUGAAUUCACACAAACAUAACACUAGUCCAAUCUCUACACUCUCCUUCUCGUCUCAUUACAAAUACUCCCUCUUUGCUACCUCCUUAGACCUAAAACGACAGCGUUUCACUUCUCCGUUGUUGUUGAUCGUCUUGUUCCUCUGUUUGUCUUUUGCUACUUCCAUGGGAGUCUCAGACUCAGGUCCUGUUGUUCAGACGACCCCACUCGUCACCUUCCUCCAGCGCGUGCAACUCACGGCACUCCGAUCAUACUCCAAGAAGCCUGACCCUAAAUUCUACAUCGACCUGUCUCUCAAGCUCCCUCACGAUCUCUCCACCGCCGAGUCCGUCUUCGACGAUCUCACGACCGGGUCACGUGACCUGUCAGUGCCAGUGGAGAAGCUUGAAAAGUUCGUCCACGAAUACUUCGACGAUGCAGGGAUCGAUCUGGUGCACCACGAGCCAGAGGACUUCGUCUCAGAUCCCACCGAGUUUCUCGCCAACGUGGAGAACGACCAGGUCAGAGAAUGGGCGCGUGAGGUACACUGCCUGUGGAGAACCCUAAGCUGCAGGGUCUCUGACUCCGUGAUAGAGUCACCAGACCGGCACACGCUUCUCCCGUUGCCGGAACCGGUUAUCAUUCCCGGUUCGAGAUUCAGAGAAGUUUAUUACUGGGAUUCUUAUUGGGUUAUCAAAGGACUUUUGACGAGUAAAAUGUUCACUACGGCCAAAGGUUUGGUGACGAACCUGAUGUCACUUGUGGAGACUUAUGGUUACGCUUUGAACGGUGCUAGAGCUUAUUACACUAACCGAAGCCAACCACCUCUAUUGAGCUCAAUGGUCUAUGAGAUCUAUAACGUAACCAAAGAUGAAGAACUUGUGAGGAAAGCUAUCCCUGUGCUUCUCAAAGAGUACGAGUUCUGGAACUCAGGAAAACAUAAGGUUGUUAUUCGAGACGCAAGUGGCAAUGAUCACAUCUUAAGCCGGUAUUACGCCAUGUGGAACAUGCCUAGACCUGAAUCCUCUGUGUUCGAUCAAGAAUCAGCAUCGGGGUUUUCGAGUACGUUAGAGAAACAACGGUUCCAUCGAGAUAUAGCUACGGCUGCUGAAUCAGGAUGCGACUUCAGCACGCGAUGGAUGAGACACCCUCCUAAUUUUACAACGAUGGCUACAACAUCAGUUGUUCCUGUUGAUCUAAACGUCUUUCUUCUCAAGAUGGAACUCGAUAUAGCGUUUAUGAUGGAGAUUGCUGGAGAUAGAAAUGGUUCAGAGCGUUUUGUGAAAGCGUCAGAAGCGAGAAAGAAAGCGUUUGAGACCGUGUUUUGGAAUGAAAAAGCAGCGCAGUGGCUAGAUUACUGGCUUUCCUCCAAUGGUGAUGAGCCUGAGACAUGGAAAGCUGAGAACCAAAACAACAAUGUUUUUGCAUCUAACUUUGCUCCAAUCUGGACUAGUUCCUUCCAUUCAGAUGAAAUCCUUGUCAAGAAAGUUGUGAAGGCUCUUGAAAACUCAGGACUCAUCGCUCCCGCUGGAAUCCUAACCUCUUUGACAAACUCGGGACAACAAUGGGACGAUCCUAAUGGAUGGGCACCGCAACAAGAGCUGAUAGUUACAGGACUCGCAAGAUCUGGUCUAAAGGAAGCUAACGAGUUGGCAGAGGAGAUUGCAAGGAGAUGGAUAAGAAGUAGCUAUCGUGUUUACAAGACAAGUGGGUUUGUUCAUGAGAAGCUCAAUGUUUCAGAGUUUGGUGCAUAUGGUGGUGGAGGGGAAUAUAAGCCACAGACGGGAUUUGGAUGGUCAAACGGAGUUAUAUUAGCAUUCUUGGAGGAGUUUGGAUGGCCCUCUGACCUGAGCAUUGAACCGUAGAUUUACUACUUUUGUAUUAAACAUUAAAUAAAAGGAAUUACUUCAUAAUUUGCAAUUUUAUUUAAACUUUAUGAUAGUGGUAAUUUACUAGUAGUUUCACUUUUUGUGUGGAUUCGGUUA